AAAUAUUAUUGCAAUCGCCAUAUUGAGCUGAUUCUUCUAUACCACAAAAGGGUAUAUCAUGCGCGGGAUGCUGUAUAAGCGACGCAAAAAGCGUUGGAAUUGCCGCAGGUGGGACGCGCAUGUCCGCGGACAACGCCAUAUUUAAUUUUUCCGCAAAUUUUCUCUCCGUAACGGGGGAAUCUAAUGAAAAAUAUUUUCCAUUUUCUAAGGAAUUCACGAAUUUAAUGGAAAAUUUUUUGUAAAUUUAAAUAAUUGACAACAAUUUAUUUAUGAAGAAUAAGUCUUCACUAUUAUUAAGCAAGGGGUAAAUUUUCGUCAAGGAAAAAUAAUACAAAAACCAUGUUGAGAGCUGAUAAUUUUGAAGGAACUGAUUUUUCCUGGCGGACAGCUGGAUUUUAUUCUGCGCAUGGAAAGCAAUUUUGCCCAAUCAUAAAUAGGGCUAUUGUGGGGGGAUGGUGUGUAUGUUGGCGCAUUUCAUACAUCCCCGAGUGUAAUGGUAACCAGAUAGAGGCGUCGCGAGGCUAUCGGCCGGUCGGCACAUGGAAUAUGGGAUCUGGGGUCUGCAUGCCGCGGGCGGACUUUGGGGCGAUCCGCGGCUCGCCGGAAGACAUCCAAUCCUUCCGCCGGGAGCAACGCAAAUGUUACCGAGGGCUGCUUUUGCAUUGAGUGCAUUACAACGAUCUUCCGACAUGAUACCACUUCCGUUGACUGCAAACGCUCCACAUUUUGGAGCGAUGGAAUUGGUUUCAAAACCGUCAGAGGACUCGGAUGAAUCCGAUAAAGUUUCGCCUGAUCAAGCAUCACGGAAAUCAGAAGACAACGAAAGUAACAUCGAACGUGACGAAGAUGAUGACGACGAGGAUGAUGAGAAUGAAAAUGAGACGGAAGUUACGACAGCGAAUAACGACAACGAAGAUGCAGGAGACGAUAGUGAUGAUAGAAGUACAAGUUCAAGAUCGGCUAAUAAUAAUUUCUCCUCUAAAUCACCGGAUCCAUUGUCCUGUCUACUACUUGACAAGGAUGAAACUGUGACACCUGUGUUAAAUGGCUGGGUCCUAGGUGCAUACACUGCAAUGUUGGGAAGACUUUCUGCUGCAACUGCGGCUCUUGAAGCCACUGAAAUACCCAGCAUCCCGUCCGAUAGUGAUUCAGACAGUGAUCACUCGUCAUAUACUGAAAAAUCUAGCGGAAGCAGUCAAAAUCCCGGUAUUCAUCGUGGUUAUUCAUGUGGUAAUUGUGACGUGGUUGCACCGUCGAGACCGGCCUUGAGAAAACACAUUGCUCAAUCUCACCCCACAUUGUCUAAAAAUGAAACUAGUGAGAUGAAAAGAUGUCCUUCUUCGGGUUGUGAUUUUUCAACGAGCAGCCGAUGUGAAUUGGAAACUCACGUGGCAACACACGUGACACAAAGUGUUACGUCGACAGGAAAAAAACGCACCCUUGCACUACAACGCGUCCGUUAUAGAUACGAGAGAGAAGAAUAUCGUUGUUCCCUUUGCUCAUAUGCAUGCACCAUUGAGAAGGCUUUUCAGAGACACUUGAGGGCACACGCUAAAGGGACAGCACCGGAAACGAGGGUGAGCUGUGCAGUUUGUGGAGCUGACAGAUCUUCGGAAGUUGACCUUAGUAAACACAUGAGAAGGCAUCGCGAUGAUAGAUACUUCUGUUGCGAUAUUUGCAUCUUUCGCACUGUCCAAUUAAAAAAGUUAAUUCAACAUCGACGAAUGCACACAGGGGAGAAACCUCAUCUUUGUCCACAUUGCGCUUACAGAAGUGCGAGACGCGACAAUUUGCGUAGCCACGUGAGAAGGGUGCAUAAAAAGGAAAAUCUUUAUUGCGAUACAUUUAGUCCUCGAGGGAUGUUGAUUGCUCCAACGAUAAGGGAAGUUGCAGCAGCUGUUCAAAGUCCAAUCUCAUCGCCUUCUUCGCCUUCUUCGAAUCCGGAAACGGCCAAUUAAUUAAAAAAAAAGAAAAAGAAAAUGAAUUCAAUAUGCCUAUAAAUAUAAAAUGAUCGUCCUCGCCGAAAGAGGAUUUCCGUCCGACGUCUCCGUCGGAAUAAAAAAAAAGAAAAAGAAGAAAAAAAAAAAGAAAAUAACAGUUUUACACGUCCUAAAUUUCGUCAAUAAGCGAUCUAGAUGUUAUUUAGAAAUGGGAAGAAAUUAAUCCUCUUUUGAUUAUUUUUCAAAAAAUUAUUUCGGGUAAGUUAUUUAUUUUUUUUUUUUAAUAAUUAAAUAUUUGACAAAUGAGAAUUUUAUCCCGAGGAUAUAUUCUUCCUAUAGAUAGUUUAACAAUUAGGCUAGUUAGAACAUGCAUGCAUAAUUUAAUCUAAAAAAAAAAUAAACUUUGGACCUUAUAAAUAUAUUCUUAAGGCAGUUGAUUAAUUGGUAAUUAAAAUUCAAUAUAUAUAAUCGAGUCCCAUGAAUGUGGGGAUAAAAGUUGAAAAAGAAAACUAAAUUAUGAUUCAAAUGCUGCGCCAUGGUGCUAGAAUAUUUGUAGACUGGAUAAAUGGAGAAAGACUGAAAUUGAAGAUAAACUCGUAUAGAGAGAAAAAAGAAAUUUGUUUUUUCAAAUUUUUUCGAGUUUUUUGUAAGAAAAAUAUUGUCGGCUAUAGAAAAGACUGCGAUUUUGCCAGAGAUACCCUAUUAAAAAGGAGAAUUAAAUAAUUAAUUAAUCGUGUCCGUCCAAAAUUUUUUCUAUUUUCUAAUUUGAAAAAUAUUAGCAAUAAGAAUUGGAUAUGAAAAUAAAUUAAAUUUGAAAAUAAAGAUAUUUUUCCUAAUUGGCUAUUUUUCAAUAUGGAAAAUUUAAUCUUAAUUGAUUUAUUUCUCCUCAUUGGUGCUACAAGAUUUGAAGACUGAGUAGACGAUAAAUAAAAAUUAAUUCCUAGAAAUUGAUAAUAAUUAUUUUAAUUAUUAUUCUUUUGGGUUCUCUGGCAUUUUGAUAAAGGAAAACGGUGCUAUUUUGCAAACGAAAAAAAAACUCGUUUUUUUCUCUAAGAUCCUAAUUAAAAAUAAUAUUCCCUAUUCUCUGAAAAAUUUUCUGAUUGUUAUUGCAAUUAUUAAUAUUGAAUUAUUGCCUAAGAUUCUUCCAAUUUUUUAUUAUUAUUCUAAAGCCUAAUUAUUAUUAAUUGUCAACUAUUGUCUCAUUAGAAUCAUUGUCGACUAGAAUUAUUUUUUCUUCCUUUUUAAAUCAGGAUUCAUUUCCUGAAAUGGUUGUAAUGUCGACGACAACAAUUAUUUAUAAAAUAAUAAUAAUAAUAAUAAUAAAAGAGAGCCAACUAGGUAUAUAUAUAUAUAUAUAUAAAUAUAUAAAUGUGUGUCAAUUUUUAAUGUAUCAUACAAUAUUUCAUUCUAGUCAAAUAUCUUAAGGGAUUUUUAAAUAAAAUUAAACGAGAAAUGAUCCAAAAUACAGUGACUUAGUAAAAUAUGUACAGUUAAAAAUUGUAUUUAUUUUUUGACAUAUAUUUGUGUUGAUAUCGUUUUUCUGAGUUCAAAAAAAUGGAAAAAAAAUUUAAGUUUGGAUCAUUCCUCGCGCGUUUAUAUAAAAAUCAUUAUUUAUUAAAUUAAAAAAAAAAGAAAAUUUACUUCCGUCGAUUUUAGGACAACUUUAACCCUUCGGACGUUUAAUCUGAUUUUUAAUUUUAGAUUUCUUUAACGAAAUUAAAAAUUGGAAAUUAAUUGAAUUAUAAUAAUUUGAGUAGAAAAAUGAUAAUAUUACAAUUGAAAAUAAUUUUUAAUUUGUACACAAUGUAAAUACUGAAAAAAUUUAUUUUUUUUUAUUAAUCAAUUAAAUUAAAUCAGAUUGAGCGUUUAGAAAGGUUUAUUUUUGAUCCAUUCAAAGUGUAUACGUCGGAUUUUUUCCGAAAAACUCGCGAAUUGAUUUUUCGUCAAAUUGCCUAUAAAAAAAAAAAAUAUUUAACUAAUUAUAUGUGUACACACAUCUGUAUAGCGGAUAAACGAAUAAUAUAGCAAAGAUGUCAUAAGUACGAAUAAUUUUUUGCUUUUGAUAUAUAUUGUAUUCGAAAUGAUAUUUUAUAUUUGUACGCGGUUUUAUUGUAUUGCGGCUCAAUGCGCGCAAUUUUAUACGCAUAAUUUUACACACAAUUGUUAACAAUGACCGUCAAUGAGUCAUUCAAUAUUGAGGUGAAGAAAAAAAAAAGUACUAUAUUAAUAAUAAUAUGUCAAUCGCAGAAAAAAAAUGAAAAACAAAUGCAAUGCCAAUUUCAAUAAGCUUUGCAACUAAAAAAAAAAUAUUUUUCUUUUUAUUAAAUUUUAUCGACUGAAAUAACAAACUUUGUGACAAAUGAUAAUUUUAAGGGCUAGAGCUUAAAUUCCUAAAUUAUUGAUAAUUUUUUUUUAUAUUUAAAAAAUUCUUUAACUUUUAAUUAAUUAUAUUUUUUCGUUUCAAAUUUCUGUAAAAUACUUUAAAUAAUUCUAAUCAAUUAUUUCUCUCUAGAAAUGAUGACUUUCUUUUUUGAAUAAUUAAUUAGUCGGCUUGUAAUUUCAUUCGAUUUAUAAUGGGGUCUUAUUCUAAUAAUACGAUAAUAUUGUAAAUUAAUUACAGACUUACGAUAUUAAAAUAAUUAUUAUUCUAUUAUAAAUGUUGUGCCACAAUUUUACGAAAAAAAAAUUACGUGCCAAAAGAAUAAAAAAUACAAAAAAAAACGAAAAAAAAAAAUGGGAACUAGGAUGAAAGUUUUGGGUGAUUUUUUCUCCUUGAAAAAUUUUUGACAAGUAUCGAACACUUGGUGAAAAAUAAUCUUAGAAAAAAAAUUUGACAUUGUUUAUUUUAUAAAAAUUAGAUUUUAUUUAUAAAUUUGAAAAAUAGUUUUUAAAAAACUUUUUUUUUAUAUUUAGGGAAAAAAUCUAAUGGGGAGAUUUUUUUUUACCAAGUGACUGGAGAAAAAUUAGUUGUUAUAAUCUUUUAACUGUUGAAAUUUUUGCUGUAGAUCAUAAGUGUCCUAUAACUUAUACCUUACAUAAACUACAUGAUAAUAUAUUCUAUAUUAAUGUUUCCUAGAUUUAAUGUUUUAAAAGAUCUCUUUAAUGAAAUCAUGUUCAAAAUAAUUUUUCGUUAAUUUUUUUUUCAUUUCUACUCAAUUUAAUUAGAAAAAAAAAAUUAGAUUAUGAUUAAGAAAAAUUUUUAAAAGUACAAAUUGUUUUUAAUUUCUUUUUUUUUGGAAAAUAUUUUUAUAUAUUGAAUAAUGGACAAAAAAAAAGAGUACAAGUUUAAUUUUCAUUUUGAACGUGAAAUUCAGAUAAAGGAUCUUUGUGAAAGGAACACGUCUUAACAUUAAUACAAUCUAAAUGUGAUAAUAUAUUUACUAUUUAAAUUAUACAAUGUAAUAAUAAUUACAUAUAUUAUACAGAUAUAUGUUACAACUAUUGCACUUUACAGUAUACAUUUAAAGACAAAGUCAAAUUCGUAAAUUUUUUUUUCGUUUUUCAAAAAAAUAUCUUCUUUCAACUGUUCAAAAAUAAUAGUUUUCAAUUAAUUCGAUUGAUUAUUAAAUUAUUAGACAAUUUUAUUAAUAAUUAGUUCGAUUUAAUUUAAUUUAUGAUCAAAUUUUGAUUUAAAAAAAAAUUACUGAUUUAGUUAAUAAUAAUUAAUUAUGCGCUAAUAAUUAUAUUUUCAGAUUUUUAGUUAAAUUUCGAGUCGAAAAUUUGAGAAUUAUUAAUUUUGAAUGGUAUUUUUUUUAGCGAACCGCAAUCUUAACGUGAAAAAAAAAAUUGUGCGUUACUCAAUUAUUAUAAAUGUACGUAUAUAUAUAUUAUAAAUGUAUGCGUGGGUGUGCCAAAUUAUUUUCUUCUAACUAAAGCUUCCUCCAAUUCUCAAUUGUUCCACAAUUCUCUUCUCUAUUCUCAUCUUUCUCUUUAUAUGCCCUUUUUCCUAAUUGCUCUCAGUAUGCGUAUAGAUUGAAGAACAAAAAAAAAAAAAAGGAAGAAAAAAAUGCACUUUACUCGUGAGAGACAAUAAAAUUGAAAUAAAAAUAAAUAAACUCAAAUGAAAGUAAUUUUUUGUUUUUUAAAGAAACAAAAAAAUUAUUUAUAAUAUAAAAGAAGUGACUACUUAAAUUUUGUCAGUUUCUUCACUUAAAUUAUAAAUAAAUUUUUUUUUCCAAAGCCAAAAAAAAGCUUUUCACUUUUGUACAAAGUAUUAUUAAAUUUACAAAAAUUUCAAUAUUAUUGUCUUUCAUUGCAGUGAUGGCAUUUGAAUGAACCAUCAAUAUUACGUACGAUUAAAUGAUCUUUAAGAAAUUAAAACAAAAAAAAAAAAAAAAAAAAAAAAACUUGUCGCCAUUGUGAUUUAAGGUACAAUGUCUCUGCGGUAUUUUUUUCAAAAAUCAGGUGCAAACAGAAAAUAAAUUUGGUUAAAUUAAAAAUUUACUGAUUUUAUUAAUUAUUAAUAGAUUAAUACAGUGAAAUAAUUAUUAUUUUAAUAAAAUAUAUAAAUAUAUAAAAAAUGAAUUUUUUUUUGAAAAAAUGGAAAUAUUUAAUUUUAAUAAUUAAUUCUGAUUGCGCCUGAUAAAAGGAAUUAUUUACUUAAUGAGAAUUUGCCGAUUUGUAUAAUCCAAAGUCGCCUGAUUGACUUUGGUCACGAUUAAAUCGUAUAAAAAUAAUAAAGAUUUCAAUAAAA